UGCGUCUUGGCCCCUCCCAGUUUUGUAAUCUUAAUUAAUUAUAACAUUACAUAAGUGUGAUCAUGACCUUGCACCCUGUAGCUUUCUCCUUUCAUAUCCAACAAUAAUUCUUAUUUUCGGUUUGGUUUUAUUUCCACCUCCUCACUAGUCACUAGGUUUGUUCCUUUAGAAUUUCCAAUAAAGGCAUAUACAUAGAUAGAUAGAAGGGUGAAAGUGAAAGCAGGUGGAGAGGUUAAUUAACAAGAUAGAUAUAUGGCUGAUGCAUUUGAUGAGGAGUGUGAUUAUCUGUUCAAAGCUGUUCUGAUUGGGGACUCAGGGGUUGGGAAAUCAAAUCUGCUAUCAAGGUUUGCAAAAGAUGAAUUCCGGUUUGAUUCAAAGCCCACUAUAGGAGUCGAGUUUGCUUACCGCAACAUCAAAAUUGCAGACAAACUCAUCAAAGCACAGAUAUGGGACACUGCCGGCCAAGAACGCAUCUUCGUAAGGAGAAAGCAAAACUCUCUCCUCCACCCUCUUGUCUUCUUCAUCUCAAAUAAGCUAAGCAAUCUGCAUCAUGAUCAUAAAUUGAUGGGAUUGACAUGCAUAUAUAAUUGAACUCAAAGAGUGGCGGU